AUGCUUGUUGUCUCUGUGCCGACCGUCGCCGCACGCCUAGCAUCAUUGUUCUCUCUGCUCACCAUCGUCGAGAAGGUAUAUGGUUGCAUUGCUGGAGGUGUUGCCGAAGUCGUUGUAGAAAUAGCUUUGUACCCCAUUGAUACCAUCAAAACUCGAUUACAGGUUGCUUGUGGUGGAGGGCAAAUUAUCUUGAAAGGUCUAUAUUCAGGGUUGGCUGGAAAUCUUGCUGGUGUCUUACCAGCAUCUGUGAUUUUUGUUGGUGUGUAUGAACCCACAAAGCAAAAAUUGCUAUGGUCCUUUCCUGAGAAUCUCAGUGCCAUAGCUCAUUUUAUGGUUGCAUUGCUGGAGGCAAGACGAGCUUUGAGGGCGUUGAAGGCAAAGGAGAGGCUGCAGGCUAUAUUUCACGGAAGGCUAGUGAAGAAGCAAGCUGCUGUUACUCUAAGGUGCAUGCAGGCUCUUGUUCGAGUUCAAGCUCGCGUCCGCGCUAGGAAUGUGAGGAACUCUCCAGAAGGGAAAGCCGUGCAGACACUAUUAGAUCAGUACCGCAACCAAGCUGAUCCUAUUAAGGAGGCUGAGGAGUAUGAGGGUGGUUGUUGUUCUGUCUUUGCUGAGGUUGAUGGUGCACCUGUAUCACUUAAUUAG